AUGAUUCUAUAACACUUUCACAUAACAUUUAAAAACGAUAUCUAAAAACCAUGGAGAGUGGAGAGUUUCCUUCAUCAGAAAACUACUUUCAAUCGAUCACAAGCUUAGAGCAGCCUCCUUCUCCUCCUUCUGUUGCCAAGAAGAAGAAGAAGAAUAAGAACAAUAAUAAUUAUAACCAGAGGAGGUUUAGUGAUGAGCAGAUUAAGCUGUUGGAGUCUAUGUUUGAAUCUGAGACUAAGCUUGAGCCAAGGAAGAAGAUUCAGCUGGCUAGAGAGCUUGGCCUGCAGCCUAGGCAAGUGGCCAUAUGGUUUCAAAACAGAAGAGCUAGAUGGAAGUCUAAACAGAUUGAACAAGACUUUAAAAAUCUUAGAGCUCAGUAUGACAGUUUGGUAUCUCAGUUUGAAUCCUUAAAGGAAGAGAAAGAGUCCUUAGCUUUACAGCUGCAGAAACUGAAAGAUCUUCUCUUGUCAAAACCUAAUGAUGAGAUCAAGGAGGACAAGGAUUUCGAAGAAGAAAAGUAUCGAAACACCAAUUCGAAAGGUGAAACAAAAACCAGCUUAGAAGAGGAAUUGGAAGACAGAGGAGGAGGAGUACUAAUGACCACAACAACCACAAACAAUAUUGAGAAUUUGGGGCAACAAGGAUAUGAACUUUUGAGCACAAAUCAACAACAAGUAGAUUCAUCAUUAACAUCACUUGAAAGUUGGUAUAGUAGAUCUGAUCUAAUUGGUAUACUUGAUCAACCACAUGGCUGUUCACAGUGGCUAAGUUUCUGGAGUUAGCAAGAGAACUUGAAUUAGGAGAUAUUUACUUACUUUUGACAGCUUCAAACAAUGCAGCAGCCAUUGUUUUGUUACCAAUUAAGUUUCAUAAUUUCAAAGCUAACCCAGAUUCUCAAUCUUUCACUUGUGUGCUUGCCUAGCCUAGCCUAGAGCUUAUUAUUUAUGAGAUCAAGAAGAAACAAGUGCUUAUUGUGUAGCUGUAGAAGUAUGCAUAUAUUAUGUUUUUGUUUAUAGUGUAUAUGUAAACAAGUAUAUAACUCACAAAGAAAAAUUUGUGAGGUUUUACUUUACUUCAUUUAUACUUUGAUGAGCAUGAAAAAUGUUGGGGUUUGAUACUAUCACAAGGUUUAGAUUUAAUUGUAUUAUUAGGGGUAUUUCAUGAGUUUUAAUUUACAAUGUAAUUUUUUUUAAAUUUGCCCAUAAUGGUAUUUUUGCAAUAUAUUCUGAUAUAAAUAUUCCAGGCUUA